AUGGGCGCUCUGGUGCAUGUCCAGAACGCGGCGCCGAGUGCCACCAAGAUCGCCAUCGGGUUGGUCGUCUUCGGCCUCCUCGCCGUGGUAGUGGACUAUGUCCGCAUGCUUCGUUUGAGGAGUAAAAUGCCUCCUGGUCCCAUGCCAUGGCCGAUUAUAGGAAACACAUUUUCCCUCCCCGACGUCAAGCCGUGGUUCUACUUUGAGGAAUUGUCGAAACGAUACAAGACUCCCGUCAUCACGUACUGGAUCGGUCGGAACCCGACGGUGUGGAUCAACGAAGCCACGGCGGCGUCCGAGAUCCUCGACAAGCGCGCCGCCAUCUACUCGUCCCGUCCGCGGAUGGUGGUGUUCGGCGAACUCAGCAUGGGCCAGAACAACAUCGUGUCCAUGUACUACGGUGACCGAUGGCGGCUGCAUCGCAAGCUGACGCACAUGGGCGUCGGACUCCAGCACGUGCGCAGCUACAGUGGCUUCCAGAACAACGAGAGCAAGGUGGUCGCGUAUGAAAUCCUCCAGAACCCCGAGGACUAUGUCAUGGCGUUUGAGCGGUACGCCGCGUCCGUCGUCAGCAUAAUUGGCUUCAACCGGCGGAUCAGCAGCAAAGAGGACCCCAUCAUCACCGAAGUCAUCGCCGUGAUGCAGAAGGCCGCCGAGUUGAAUGUGCCUGGCAAGACAUUCCCCAUGCUGAUGGAGACGUUCCCGUGGCUAGCGAGGUUCCCCAACUGGAUGGCUCCCUGGAAACACGGUCUGGGCAGCAGAGGCCGCGGACGGAACUUCUACUACGCGCUCGCCGAUGAAGCGGCCAACAAGGAGAACCACGGCAACUGCUACGCGAAGAAGAUCUUCGACGAGGCUCCCAAGUACGGACUGAACGAUUUGGAGAUCGCCUCGCUCAACGGGAACCUGUUCGGGGCCGGCAGCGACACCUCAAGUUCGACGCUGGUGACGUUCGUGCUCGCAUGCUGUGCGUUCCCCGAAGCUCUGCCCAAGGCGUGGGAAGAACUCGACCGCGUCGUCGGUGCCUACCGCAGCCCCGGUCUCGACGAUGACCUGCCUUACGUCCGGGCUUUUACAAAGGAAGUCUUCAGGUGGCGUUCCGUGGCUAUCAUUGGAGGUCAACCUCACGCCCCGAUCCAAGAUGAUGUGUACAACGGAUGGUACAUUCCAAAGAACACCUGGGUCCAAGGAAACGUGUGGGCCAUCCACAGAAACGAGAACAAUUUCCCGGACCCAGACCGGUUCUGUCCCGAGCGCUUCUUCGAAGACCACCCUCUCCACCGCCCGUUUCCCAACGAGAAGGGAUACAUGACUUUCGGCUGGGGUAGACGGGUCUGCAGCGGCCAAGGGCUGGCUGAGCAAGGCACCUUCCUGACCGUUGCACGAUUGCUGUGGGCGUUCAAUAUCCAGAAAGCGCUCGACGAGAAUGGAAACGAGAUCCCGGUGGACAUCUUCAAGUACACGAACGGACUGAACUGGCGUCCCGAACCGUUCAGAUGCCGCAUCACCCCUCGGUCUCCCGAGGUCAAGGAAACGAUAGAACGUGAAGGGAAGCAGGCCCUGGAGGAGUUAUCGCAGUUUGAAGGGGAGAGCAAGUACCGUAUGAGCACGUUCUAUCUGCAGAAGCUUUGA